AUGUAUCCUCCAUUUACUAAUAGAUGGAAUCUCGAAACAGACUCUCGAGUUCAACGAAACCCUCGAGCUUCGAAUCCUCGAGCUUCUAUGCCUCCACCUGUCGGAGAUGCAGCUCAGACGCCGGAACCAAGGAGCUCUAGCGGAAUUGCGAGUGUGUUCAAGAGCUUGACUGGCGGUAAAAUCACCAAAAGCCCAAGUACACAGUCUCCAGCAACAGGUCCUCUACAGCUCGACAAUGGAGGCAUUCCCCAAAAGCUUAGCCGUAGUGGUACACUCAACCACGAGCCAACUCUUGAGCAGCUACAAGCAGGUCACAGUCUCGCGGAUCGUAUCCGUGCAGCAGAAUACUUACGCUGUGCCGUGAUUGACUAUCCCAUGGAAAAUGUUUCUAUGAUAUUCAUAGCAGGCAGCGAUCUUAUCGAACCGACUCAAACACAACAGGCUCGAAUUGCGGGAUUUGAAUUGCUAACCGCUUGUGUUCAAUGUACAUCCUCGAACGAUCCCGAAAGAGCAAGCUUUUUUCGAGUAUUAAGUCGUCCCACAAACAGAGCAGAUUUUCACCUGCAACUUGUUUCGUUGGUCGAACUAUCACGGCAUGGCAAAGAUCUGUCCGGCUUCCAUUAUGACUUACUCCCCUUAUUAACUCUAUGGCUGAAGGAUACCUGGUCUGCAACUACAUCAGAACGAAACGCAGGCAAAAAGGUCACCCGUCAGAGCUCCUUGCCAAAAGAACAAACACCUUCAGAAGAAGAAUCUAAUCUAUCUCUGAUGUUUGUUUUCAUUGCGGAUAUCAUCAAGUUCAGUUCCAAUAUUGUCACUGAACCAGCAUCGUCCCAACUUCUUUCUCAGAUUCUUGAGAUUUGCACAUCCUCUGCUAUAGAGGCUGAUUUUAAGGCUUGCAACCAGUUAUUUGAUGCCGUUAUAACAUACGGGGAUAUUCCAGAUAGUAAACUUCAGUCGGUUGUGCAGGUGCUGUGCUCUAUACAUAGUUCUCUCUGGAAUGUGCACCAAGAUGCAUGGAAAUGCAUCAGCAACUUAUGCAGAUCCCAUCACGGGCUCACAAUGGUGAGAAUAAUGAUGGAAAUACUUGGGAAGCCUCUGUUGGAUAAGUCCGAUGAUAAGCAGUACAGCCAAAACAUCAAAGAGGUCCGGGGUUCUAUCUCAGCAUUGGAGAAAUUAUUUGCCAAGGACGCGAAGAAUGGCUACCCCUUAGUCCCAUUUACACUUCUCAUGGCUUCUUUAAGAAAGGUCCUUGAGUUAGAUCGCACUGCAAUCGAUUGCGAUACAUUGCAGUUGAUUUAUUCGCUUUUUACUCACGAAGGUGGAAUCAUGCAGAAUGUGCUGGACGAAGACUGGUCCCCAAUGUUUGAGAUUGUGUCUAUAUGCUCUAGACGUAUCCCAGACCCAGUAACGAAUCGGUCUCAGAUAUACGAUAAUAUUAUUAGGAGUGGGCCUGCAAAAGCCGAAACCCCGCAACAGAAGUUUUUAUCAAAAAUGGGGGGACUAAUUGGUGGUUUGAUCGUGCGUGUCGAGCAGCUACUGAAUUUACCUCCACUCAACUUCGUUCAAAAGGAUGACUGUCUCAAAUUCUUUGUCAGAUCUCACACCUAUAUCCCGGACACUUGCGCGAAAUUGGUCAUUGAUCAUUUUAUAGAUUAUAAAUGUUGUUCACCAUCGGAUUUGCGAUGGAAGGAUAACAUUAACCUGAUUCUUGGAGGUUUUCUUGCUGAUAGGUCCCGUCCAUCCGACAUCCGACUGCACGCUUUGAAAGCUGUCACAGAUGUAUAUGUUAUUGUUAGUGUUACAGAUCAGCCUGAGAUUUUUGAGGCUUUUGCGGUGACAGUCCUGGCAUAUGUCCGCGAUGAGAAGGACAUUGCAAUACUCCAGGAAUUCAUCGACUUCGCCGUAGUUAUGGCUGAACAAACUCAGGAUGAUGGCUUAUUUCAACAUGCUGUCGAUAUUAUGAAAAGUGUUGUCACCAGUGACCGAAUGCAAUUACCGCUUGGCUCACCUCCCGGAUCCCAUCACGGUAUAUUGUCGAGCAAGUCUGCAUCUUCUAGCGCCACGCCUCCCAUUGUGCACAGCCCUUCUAAUGUUGUUGUGAAGGGUUUCAUCCAAGUCUUCAUGCGGACUAUGUUUACGGAUGUCUCUAAGUCAUCACGAGUGUUCGAAGAACUACUUGCUAUCGCACAAGCUUCUGACUGCCCAACUGAUUCCCGUAUAUCUGCUCUAAAAAUGUUCUUUCGACUUCGAGCAGAUGCAAUGAACAGAAUCUUUCUUACGCCCUUCACCGAGUCAGAUGCUCUAGCGGCUUCCCUCUAUCGAACAUCAGAAUCUCUAGCUAGGAAGCACGCUGCUGAUGAAGCUACACAGCAAAGCCGACUAGCUCGGACAGAUGACUUUAACUCUCGCCUGAGUCGGAGCACCUCGGGUGGUGGCCAAGCACAGUCUCUACCCAAACAAACAUUUAGACUAGGCAGUGGCAUUAAUCGAACUUUACAGCGCAACCAUCAAAUGUGGAUGUCUCCAGAUGUAGACGCCUUGCCAGACACUACAAAUGGUAUUGCUACUCUACGUCUGGUUUCAAUCAUAGAAAAUGUAGACCAAAAGUUCAUUGCGCAAGAUGUGGACGUUACAGACCCGGCUUCUGAUCAAGUAGACUUGCAACAGUCUAUUGCUCAAACCAUGACCGUCGAAAGAGACGUUGCAGAGGAGGAUGGACACGAUUUCGCAACAGAUGAUCCCGGAAAUACCUCAUAUACUCCAAUCGAGUCCAUACAUCCGAAUUUAAGCGAUGCCAAAGGAAAAGUAUCUGGCAAGAACGACGCAUUGAGCUCCUAUCAACCGGUCGUCCAGAGUAUCCUAAACAUUCACUCCUAUCUUGAUGUUCUUUGCCAGCUCCUCGAUGGCGGAUGCGACUGGGAAGUGUAUAGCUACAUACUUGUUCACCUACCAUCCCAAUUGACAAACCAAGCGCUCUUUAAGUCAUCAAUCGCUCAGAUAAGAAAGCUCAGAUCUUUGUUGUGCGAUUUGAUCAGAGAUAGUAGCUUUCAGGAGCCCCCAGUGUCAUCUGGGUUGCGCAAAGCUGACGUUGCCAUCUGUCUCUUCCAUGUCUUAACGAUGGUCAUAAGUUAUAACCGAGAAUUUUCUAAGGCUGAGGAAGACGAGAUUGUCAGGACAUUUUUGCAAGGUGUGGGUGCGUGGGAGCGGGCUGCCAAAUGCUGUAUUCAUGCUCUUUCAAUCUGUUGCCAUGAACUUCCUGGUUCGACUAGAAAAGCACUGGUGACCAUUCUUCAAAAGAUGUCGCAGAUUAUUACUCAACAGAAUGUCGCAAUUCACAUUCUGGAAUUCUUAGCUUGCCUAUCAAGACUCCCAGAGCUAUACGCCAAUUUUCGGGAAGAAGAAUACCGAACUGUUUUCGCUGUAUGCUUCCGAUAUCUUCAAAAUGUAAGAGAUCAUCCGAGCAAGGAUAGCAAUCCAAGAAAUAGCCACCCGCGAGCUCGAGUUUCCUCAGGCCCACUUUCCACAGAAAGCAGUUCAGUGGGUUCAAACGUCCAAACAAGCAGCUCCGAUGAUUUGCCACAGUAUGUGUAUGCUCUUGCAUACCAUGUAAUCACCUUUUGGUUCUUGUCCUUGAAGCUUACUGAUCGUGCUGGUCAAGUUGGCUGGAUCGCCAAAAACCUCGUCUCGACUGAUGCGAAUGGAAAGGAGAAAAUUGAUGAGCAAGCGCAAGUGACUUUAGAUUUUAUGCAGAGAGUUGCUUAUGCCGAUGUGGACGAGUCUUCGGCGGAUCCAGAUUUUACUCCGGAACUGUAUGGUGAAAUUCUGAAAAGACGCUGGCUCAUUGGCCACAGCGUUGUCACCAUUGAACAAGCUACCCACAAAGGCUGGGCUCAAAUUACCAAGCGCCAUCCUUCGGGUACUUCUUGUUAUAUGGUCCGCGAAAAGUUUAACCCGCCGCCUCCACAUCAGAUUUCUCUCACUACCGAUGCUUUACGUGACGCAAAGCACUCUAAUGCUAAUGUCGUUCUCCCCAGUCACCUCCUCCUACAGCUGACGGCAUCAAUCCCGCAAGGUACAGAGUUUACGCGCCCAAUUGCUCUACCUGACGAUGACAUAACUAGACGUGCUAUAUGGGGUCUCGAUCGCAAUUUAACCGUGGAUGGGCAUAAAGUCGGCGUUAUUUAUAUUGGCGACAAUCAAACGCAGGAAGUUGAGAUACUUUCUAAUAUCACGGGUAGUGAGGAGUACUACACCUUUCUUGCAGGACUUGCGACAGUCACUGAACUAAAGGGGGCUAAAUUCAACACCCAAGGUCUUGACAAAGACUAUGGUAUGGACGGAGAGAAGGCAUUCUGUUGGAGAGACCGUGUCUCUGAAAUCAUUUUUCACGUUACGACACAGAUGCCGACAAAGCUCGAACACGAUCCACAGUGCGCUCACAAAAAGAAACAUAUUGGCAACGACUUUGUGAAUAUUAUUUUCAACAAUUCUGGCUUGCCUUUCAAGUACGACACAUUUCCCUCCGACUUCAACUAUGUCAACAUUGUCAUUGCUCCAGAAUCUCGUCUCUCCUUCACCGCCGCCAGAGAUCCUCGACAAGGACAAUUGCGAAAAGACCCAUACUACAAAGUUCAGGUCAUGAGUAAGCCCGGAUUCCCGGAGAUCUCACCCGCCGCUGAAACGAAGAUCGUCAGUUUGAGAAAGUUGCCAGAGUUUAUUCGCUUGCUCGCAAUGAAUGCUUCGGUGUUCUCCUCAGUCUGGGCAAACCGCGAGGGUGGGGAGCAUGUUUCACCUUGGCGCAAUCGCCUACGUGAGAUCAAUCGACUUAGAGCAAAACAUGCACCGAAGCGAUCUAAUUCCACUCAUACCUCUCCACCAGGCUCAUCAAAUGGUGCAGUCUCGGAUGCCAAGAAUCGUGAGAGUUUGACUAGCCUUCGUCGAGCUUCCGUUGCCAACUUCACUUUUCUAUCUAGCUCGGUUGACGCAAGUUCUCAAAGAUCAUCGAUCAUGUCUACAGCAGAACCAGAGAAGGAUUCAAAUGGAGAUGAGCUCAUGGUUGAUAGUUUAGACUUCUCACGAUGGGCAUGA